AUGGAGUCCCAAGACCGACCACCCAUGUACAUCCGCGACCGCGGAAACGAAUACAGCCGCCAGCCUGAUUCUCCGUCUCAGCAGCCGCGCGCCGAUGAGUCGCCCGGCCCCAUACUCUUCUACGGUGCCCAGGACGUCUACGGGCAACUCAGCAACAUGUAUAUAAGCAGCUUUAAGAAUUCGAUCUUUACCUACGGUCCCCCGAAGUUCAGGGAAUACUGCUGUGUGGAGCAGUUUUUCCAGCAUGCUAAGGCGCUUUGGGCGAUGGACACUGGAUCCGGCGACGCGAUCAUGAGAACAUCCGACCCGAAAAGGCACAAAGCACUGGGGAAAAAGGUUAAGAACCUAGAUGUUAAAGAGUGGAACGAAAUGUCAUACAAGGUCAUGUUGAAGGCAGUUGGCUUGAAGUUCACCGUCUCAGAGUCGUCUGAUACUCUCCGCGCAGUCCUCCUCGCAACCUCUGAUCGCGAGAUCGUCGAGGCAUCAAGGGACAUGACUUGGAGUUGCGGCUUGACGCUCGAGGAGGCGAAAAAGCACAAGGGCCGCUGGCCUGGCAAGAAUCUUCUCGGCAAGGCGCUUAUGGAAAUUCGUCAAGAAUUAGUGGACGAAAAGGAACGCCAGACUCGUGGUUUCGCUCCGCCAAACGAUGCAGUCGCGGGAGGACAAAGCGAAGAAACUCCACAUGAUGACACCCUAGAGAAUGACAUAGACCUUCAGCGACUCAAGCGGAGGGCAGAUCCAGUAUACCUGCGGCAAAACGAAGAAAGGGCAGACAAGAGGGUGAAGCGACAGUAA